CCUCUGUUCCCGGGGCAAACCUGUCUCGUGGGGCGGCUGCGGAGCUUCCUCCCUUGCGGGACGCUCAGUGCCGCCCGAGUUCUCCUUCCGCCCUGCCUCGGCAUCUCCGAGGCGGACUAGGGACUAGCGGAAGGUUCGCGGAGCCGAGCCAAGACGCAGCCAGCGGGAGCCGCGGUGGGGUCGCCGGCGUGUGCCAUGUCGCUGUGGGGGGAGCCGCUGCAGGCCCCGCUGCCCCCGGCCGCGCCCUCGGGGCCGCCACUCGCCGCUCAGGCCUGGACGACCGUCAGCAACCUGCGAGAGCCGCUGCUGCGGAGGCUCAGCGAGUGCUUGGACCGCGCGCCCGAGGGCCGGGGCUGGAGGCGGCUGGCCGAGCUGGCGGGCAGUCGGGGGCGCCUCCGGCUCAGUUGUCUGGACCUGGAGCAGUGUUCUCUUAAGGUAUUGGAGCCUGAAGGAAGCCCAAGCCUGUGUUUACUGAAACUAAUGGGUGAAAAAGGUUGUACAGUCACGGAAUUGAGCGACUUCUUGCAGGCUAUGGAACAUACUGAGCUUCUUCAGCUUCUCAGCCCCCCAGGGAUAAAGAUCACUCUAAACCCAGAGUCAAAGGCAGUCUUGGCUGGACAGUUUGUGAAACUAUGUUGCCGGGCAACUGGACAUCCUUUUGUACAAUACCAGUGGUUCAAAAUGAAUAAAGAGAUUCCAUAUGGAAAUGCAUCAGAACUUAUUUUUAACGCAGUGAGUGUAAAGGAUACUGGCUUCUAUGUCUGUCGUGUUAAUAAUAAUUCUACAUUUGAAUUCAGCCAGUGGUCACAGCUAGAUGUUUGUGAAGUGACAGAAGUAACAGAAACCUUCCAAAAACAUUGGGAUGAAUCCAAGUUGCAAAUCUGUGUUGAACCAAAGUCCCAGAAGCUAAUGCCAGGAAGCACAUUGGUUUUACAGUGUGUUGCUAUUGGAAGCCCUAUUCCUCACUACCAGUGGUUCAAAAAUGAAUCACCACUAACACAUGAGACAAAAAAGGUAUACAUGGUGCCUUAUGUGGAUUUGGAACAUCAAGGAACCUACUGGUGUCAUGUAUAUAAUGAUCGAGAUAGUCAAGACAGUAUGAAGGUAGAAAUCAUCAUAGGAAGAACAGAUGAGGCAGUGGAGUGCACUGAAGAUGAAUUAAGUAAUUUUGGCCAUUCUGACAAUAAAGAGCAAACAACUGACCAGUCUUUGGCAAAAGACAAAGUUGCUCUUUUGAUAGGAAAUAUGAAUUACUGGGAACACCCCAAGCUUAAAGCUCCCUUGGUGGAUGUGUAUGAGCUGACCAACUUGUUAAGACAGCUGGAUUUCAAAGUCGUUUCAUUGCUGGAUCUAACCGAAUAUGAGAUGCGUAAUGCUGUGGAUGAAUUCUUACUACUUUUAGACAAAGGAGUGUAUGGUUUACUGUAUUAUGCAGGACAUGGUUAUGAAAACUUCGGGAACAGCUUUAUGGUCCCUGUUGAUGCUCCAAAUCCAUAUAGAUCUGAAAAUUGUCUGUGUGUACAAAAUAUACUGAAGUUGAUGCAAGAAAAAGAAACUGGACUCAAUGUGUUCUUGUUGGAUAUGUGUCGGAAAAGAAAUGACUAUGAUGAUACCAUUCCAAUCUUGGAUGCACUCAAAGUCACUGCCAAUAUCGUGUUUGGAUAUGCCACGUGUCAAGGAGCAGAAGCUUUUGAAAUCCAGCAUUCUGGAUUGGCAAAUGGAAUCUUUAUGAAAUUUUUAAAAGAUAGAUUACUUGAAGACAAGAAAAUUACUGUGUUACUAGAUGAAGUUGCAGAAGAUAUGGGCAAAUGUCACCUUACCAAAGGUAAACAGGCUCUGGAGAUUCGAAGCAGUUUGUCUGAAAAGAGAGCACUCACUGAUCCGAUUCAAGGGACAGCUUCUUCUGCAGAGUCUCUGGUGCGGAAUCUGCAGUGGGCCAAGGCUCAUGAACUUCCGGAAAGCAUGUGUCUUAAAUUUCAAUGUGGUGUUCAGAUUCAAUUAGGAUUUGCAGCUGAGUUUUCCAACGUCAUGAUAAUCUAUACAAGUAUAGUCCAUAAACCACCUGAGAUAAUAAUGUGUGAUGCCUAUGUUACUGAUUUUCCACUUGACCUAGAUAUUGACCCAAAAGAUGCAAAUAAAGGGACUCCGGAGGAAACUGGCAGCUACUUAGUAUCAAAGGAGCUGCCCAAGCACUGCCUCUACACAAGACUCAGCUCCCUGCAAAAAUUAAAGGAACAUCUGAUCUUUACAGUGUGUUUAUCAUAUCAGUACUCAGGACUGGAGGACACUGUGGAAGAGAAACAGGAAGUGAAUGUUGGGAAGCCUCUCAUUGCUAAGUUAGACAUGCACCGAAGUCUGGGCAGGAAGACUUGCUAUCAGACAUGCCUGAUGUCUGACGGGCCAUACCACAGCUCCACACCUGCCUCUGGGGGAACAGGGCAUUAUCCUUCAUCUCAGGACUCAUUCCAUGGUGUCUACCAUUCACAUCUUGGUAAUUCCGAGAGCGUUAUGCCAUCCGACAGAUGUCAUUGCAGCCGGACUCCUAAUGCAUUUAUUUCAAGUUAUCACACCCAUCAUUUUUCCUGUGGGCUUGCUAGGAGUAACAUGCCAGUGGAGACAACCGAUGAAAUGCCAUUCAGUUUCUCUGAUGGGCUCAGGAUUUCUGAAAAGUGACCUUGUUUUUAAAGAUCCGCAUAAUUAUUAGAUGCCUCACAUGAAAUAGUACUUAUAUAAAAUGAGGCACUGUGAAAAGUCAAGUAAGUAUAUAUGAAGAGAAAAUUGGUAACAACUGUUUCAUAGGCUGUGAGAUAAUGGAAUUACGUUAUUUAACCACAGACUUCCUCUUGCCUUUUUUUUUUUUCAUUUUUUGGACUUGUUAAUUUAAUGCUUUGUUCUGUGAGAAUGAAGUAUGGAUGUAUGUAUAUAGGUGUACAUAACAAAAAUAUUUUUAUUUUGCCUACUCUGAAGUGAGAGGAGUGGGAAUAGCGUUACUGUAGAAUAAGUAAAUCAUUGUACUUUUAAUACCAGAAGAAAUCCUGUUGAUCAUCAGGCCUAACCUAGUUUUAUUGAAACAGAUUGAGUCCUCUUGUCUAAGUUAGAGUUGGCACAGGACUGAGACCUCUAGAAUUCUAUUCUAGUAAUUUUUCCACUACAUACUACCUUCUUAAUGGGUUCUAAGACACAAUUUUAUUUUUGACAGGAAGGAAAGAGGGAAAUGCAUAUCUGUAUUAUCUUGAGUAAUGUACAGGCCUUGAUUUGUGAUUCUAAGACUUCGGUGCAAGUGUCAGUUAAGAGGUUUGUAUACAAAUCUUAUGCAGAACAGGCUUACAUUUCUUGUUUGUGAGUCAUGAAAGCACAUGAGAGAUGAUGAAAUAUUUGUCUAUGUUAAAGCUAGACAGCAGAGGUUAAAAAUAGAGAUGUAACUGGAUAGUUUGGGUAGCUGCUUAUUUGAAUCUUCCAGACAUUGAAAGUGUCUUCCUUGAUAACAUGUAUUUCCUUCUUGAAUUUUACAGGUCUUAAGAGAGAAAAUUCUUAUCACUUGUGGUUCUACCUAAAAGCAGACUUAAAAGACAAGUGGCAGUAAAACGGGAAAUAAUUGAAUUAGUAACUUUAAAUGGGCUUAGGAGGUAAUAUCCUUAUCAUAUUUGGUCCUUGCUAAAAGCAAGUUUAAAGGGCAACUGGAAAGCUGGGCUUGGUGGCACAUGCCCAUAGUCCCAGGACUCUAAGAGUCUUGAGGCCAGAGAAUAGCAAGUUUGAGCCCAGCAUGGGCAACUUAGUGACUUAGUGAGACCCUGUCUCAAAAUACAAAGGGGCUCAGUAUGAAGUCCCUAGGUUCAAUCCCAGGGCACAUAGGUGUGGAAAGGCAGUGACCCAUAGAAAAGGAAGAGAUUGAGUUAGUAAUUUUUAAAGCCCCAAAAGAAAAUCCCAGGCCCAGAUGCUCUACCACUAAAUUCUACCAGACAUUAAAAUUAUACCAGCUCUUAGCAAAUUCUCCCCAAAAGAGGAAGGUAUACUUCCCAACUCAUCCUGUGAGCUCAUUGUUCCCCUGACACCAAAGUUAGACAAGAAAGCUAUAGCUAUAAUCCUAGCCCCUGGGAGCUAAGGCAAGAAGAUUGGGAAUUUGAGGCCAGCCCAAGCUACAUAGUGAGUUCAAGACAAACCUGGACUACAUAGGGAGACCUUUUCUCAAAAGGGGUGGGGGGACCAUAGGAAAACCAUAGACCAAUAUCCUGUAAAAAUCAUUAACAAAGUACAGGCAAACUGAAUCCAGCAAUAUGGGAAAAGGUUUAUAUACAAUGAUCUAGUGACAUUUUUCCCAGAAAUUAAAAGAUUGGUUUAGCAUCCAAAAGUCAUUUAAACUGGUAUACACUCAGUUCUCAUUAAUGUUCUCUAAAGUCCCACGAACACUGAGCGAGUGAAUAUGGAGUCGUUGCUCCUAGGGAUGGGUGUGCAUAUAUGCACUUGUGCAUGAACACCUCUGUCUCAGAGUCCUAGUAACAAUUCAUCCUGGCAGAUUCUGGCGUUUUCUUUAUUUUACAGAAGUGAAAAUGAGGUUUACAGGCAUUCAGUGAUGUGCCUGAGGCUGGAAUUUAAACCCUGUCCAACUUGCCCCAGAGCCAGAGCUUCUUGCACCGAACUGCGCCUUCCCCCUUCCCUCUUCCUCCAUCAUCACCUUCCCCUGUCAUCUCUGUGAGAGCUGGAGCAAGGAGUUUGGCAUUGCUGUGUUCGGCAUUGCUUGGAACAUGUGUAUUGGGUGAUUCAGAUUUUUCACUGGUCUGUACGUGUCCACAAAUCACUACAAAAGUUCCACAAGUCCUGGUGGGGGUGUAAUUUUAAUAAGUUUGUAAAUUCAUAUUUACAUAAUUGUAAAUAGUGUAGUUGCAACUAUACCACAAUAAUAAUGGACAAAACCCACAUAGAUUGCUUAGUAGAUGCAAAAAAAAUUGAUAAAAUCCACCCUUUCAUGGUAACAACAUUAAACUAGUAAUAAAAGGGACCUUCCUCAGCAUAUUACAUCAUCCACAAAAAAACCCACACUGAGGGUCAUAAUGGGGGCAGACUGAGUGCUGAAUGUUUUUGCUCUUAAGAUCAGGAAUAAGGCUGGGGAUUUAGCUCAGUGGUUUCGCCACCUGCUGCACAAGCACAAGGACCCAAGUUCGAUCCCCGGUACCAAAAAAAAAAAAAAAAAAAGAUCAGGAAUAAGACCAAAAAUGACACUAGGGAAAAGGCAGGUAAAGAGGGGUAGGUGGGGGGUGAUCAGAAUACGUUAUAUACUUCUGCAAAUCUGCCAAAAUGAAGAGCAUAAAAGACAAGUGGGGAGGGGGAAAGAUAUUCACCCUAACCACUUCUGUUCAGCAUUAUACUUGAGGUUUUAGCCAGGGCUUAAAAAAUAAAUAAAAGCCGUGUGUAUUGGAAAAGAAACAAAACUAUAGGUUGAACACUCCUAAUUCUGUGCUUACAUGGUAUCACAACUGGAAAAUUCCAUACCUGAUCUCAUAUAGGAGGUCACAGUCAAAGAGACACUAAAACUGUUGCAUAAAAUUAGCCUUCAGGCUAUGUAUACCAAGUACAUGUAAAAGCAAAUAAUUCCAAGUUUGAGUCCCAUCCCCAGUGUGUCUCAUGUAUAUGCAAAUAAUCCAGAAUCUGAAACACUUCACAGGACGUUGGAUGAGUGAUAACUGUGUAUAUAUUCACAGAUGACACUGUAUGUGAAAAUUAUAGGGAAUUCAUUUAAAAACAAGCUCAGCAGGUUGUGGGAUACAAGAUCAACAUCAGUAUUGUUUGUAUACUAAAAGAACAUUCAAAAAAAAUUUUUUUGAGACAGUCUUGCUCUGUAGGUUCAGGCUAUACUUGAGCUCACUAUGUAGCCCAAGCUGGCCUCAAACUUUGGGCAAUCCUCCUGCCUCAGCCUCCCUAGUGCUGGGAUUACUGGCAUGCACCACCACUCCCAGCUCCAAAAUUCUAUUCAUAAUAGCAUCCAGAAGUAUAAAACAUUGUUGUAGGGCUGGGGAUUUAGCUCAGUGGUUCUGCCACCUGCCUCGCAAGUGCAAAGUUCUGAGUUUGAUCCCUGGUACCAAAAAAAAAUUAUUGUAACAAAUAAGAUAUGAAUAAAUGGAAGGACGUCCAUUUUCAUGGAUUGAAGCACGAUAUUAAUAUGACAAUUCUUCCCAAGUUCAUUUACUAAUUGACCAUAAUUCCUGUCAAAAUCCCAGCCAGAUUUCUUACAGAAAUUGGCAGGUUAAUAAUAAAAUUUAUAAGGAAAUAUAAGGACCCAGAAAAGCCCCCACCCAAAAUUUGAAAAACAAGAUGGGAAGACUUUGUCUCAUCAAUUUCAAAACUUAAAAAGCUACAAUAAUCAAGACAAUGUAGGUAUAUGGGUAGACAUAGGUAUAGAACUGAGAAUCCAGAAAAAAAAGCCCUAUACUUUUCUGACUUUCAACAAGAUGCCAGUACCAUUCAGAGAGGAAAGAGAUGUGACAGCUAGUAGUAGUUACAUGCAAAAGUACUCUCGUAAUACUACCGAUAAAUCUCAAAGUGGGUCGCAGACUUUAUAAAAGCUAAAACUUUUAGAAGAAAACAGAAGUAAAUCUUUGUGACCUUGAGCUAAGUAAGUUUCUUGGAUACAACACCAAAAUCACAAGCAACAAGGAAAAGAGAUGGAAUGGGACUAUCAGGUUUAACUUGUAAUUUAAUGGCACCGUUAAAAAAAUGAAAAGAGGGCUGGGGAUUUAGCUCAGUGUUUCUGCUGCCUGCCUCGCAAGCAGAAUGACCCAAAUUUGAUCCCUGGUACCAAAAAAAAAAUGAAAAGACAGCCCUUAGAGUGACAGAAAUGUUUUUGAAAAAAUUAUAUAUCUGGUAAGAGACUUGUAAAGAACUCAGCGUAAUAAGAUAGAUAUUUGCAUUACUUAAUUGUGGUUACCAUAGAGCAGCACCAUUGGGUGAAGUUUCUGAUGACGAAAUGUUCUGUAUCUGUGUGCCCAGUGUGACACCCCCGGCCCCCACGUGUGGUUGUGCAGUUGCAACAUAGCUAGUGUCUCCUGGAAGUUUUUGAUGUAAACAGCCACGUACAGCUAGUGUCCUCCAUGGUGGAAGAGCACUGGAAGGUAGAGUAAAGGAAAUUUUACGUUUCAUGUUAUACCUUCCUAUUUGCAUUUUUUUUAAAUAUAAGCAUGUAUUGUACUUACUAUUUUAAUACAACUAAGAAAAGGUACACUUUUUGUCAGCCAUGUUUUUAUUUUACUUAUAUAUGUCAUUUGCUUUAUAAUAUUGAGAUGAUAGGGUUGGAAUUUGGGAAAGAUAACUUGUCAAUACCAAUUAGAAUGUGAGAGAGAAAAAUUAAGAGAGUUUAAAAUAGUGGAAGUACUUGAGCAAUUAAAGAUUCACCUAGACCCAAAACAAAUAUUUGAUGCUGGAAAAAAAGAUAUUUUCUGGAAGGUAGAUAAAAAUAUUUUUAAAGUAGCAAUUAUAAAUUAACAUGCUUUCAGGGAUGUAGCACAAGGUCCUGAGUUUGAUUCCCCAGUACUGGAAAAAGAAAAAAGAAGUCACAUGCUUUCUAAUAAAAGAACACAUCUCAGCACAUGAGAUUUGAGUAUCAAACAUUGAACUGUUACCGAUACAGUGAUGAACAGGUGAAAUAAGAGAGGGUAAGCCUUAGGAAAGAAAAUUUUUAAAGACUACUGACACAGGAUGAGGCAGGAGGAUCGCCAUGAGUUCAAGGCCAGCCUGGGCUACAUAGACCCUGUCUCAAAAAACCGCACACACAAAGAAUACUGACACAGAAAAGUGCAUUUGGACAUUGCCUUCUUCCUGUAGCUCCACUGUUUAAUGCUUUUCACAUCGGUGACUUUCACAGAAAACCAUGAGGUGGCCUUUUCAGUAGUCACAAUUUUUUUUACUUCUCAGGUUCAAGAAAUGCAAUCAGCUAGCCAGAGUUUAUAUCAUUGACACACAUAUGGAUUGAUAUGAGACACACAUGAUUAAUAUGAGAAUGAAAUCUGAUUUUUACUUUUAAGGUGUUUUUAAGUCUUAAGUUCUAUUUGAGCAUACCCAGAUACUAGUAUUAUCCUAUCGUAUUUUUAUCUGUCAACCGAUGUCAGUACUCAGCAUUUAUACAUUCCUUUGUGCAUUAUUCCAUCCUGUUUCUCUGAUUGACAUUGACGUCCAAAUUCAGUGUGAGUCCCUGGAGGUGUAGCUCAGUGGUGUGUAUGCUUAGCAUUGUUGCAGCUCUGGGCUCAAUCGUCUGUAUUAAAAAAAAAAUCAUAGUUUGAUACCAUGAAUUUUAUGUAGGCCCAACUAAAUUUUUUUUCAGGGCUGGCAGUUGAACCCAGGGCCUCCUGCAUGCUAGGUACCUGCUUUAGCACUGAGCCACACCACCAGCCCUGGUUUUUUGUUUUUGGGGGUUUGUUUGUUUUUUACUUUUUUGCUCCUUUAUGUGACAUGCCAUAUUAAUAAAAUGUUAGUAAAGAAAAACAUACCCAGAACAUGAGAAUGUUGUAUAGAUAUGCUAAUCAUCUUUUUCAUCUUUAUUUCAUGCAAUAAAAAUAUUUCGGCAUCAGA